AUGCAACAAGCUUCACCGAAGAGGCGAAAACUCGACCACAGUCAGUCCGCCACUAUCGACGAUACCGGCCGCGAAAAUGGACAACCCACUACCCCGACCCGAGCGUCGUACCUCUCGCCGACAAAAAGUUCUCUAGCCCGCUCACACCCCCACCUCAUCACUCGUUCUAAUCGACGCUCUGCCACCGAACCGAGAGGCAAAGCACUGCGAGACGAGAUUCUGAGCGCAACAACUCAACCUGUGCAAGCACCAAAGACUGUGUCCCAAAUCCAGCAGUCUCAACGCUUGGAUGCUGCUGAUGAUCCAGCUCCGAGACAGGGGAAUGAGGGGGCGUCCGAGACACAUCUGGACCAUACCGCGGAAGAAUCUGCUGUCGGCGCGAAUUCAACACAGCGCAGUGAACGCGACCGCCUCCCUUUGAACGAACGACAACCAACACAAGAUAGACGCCGAGAAAGGAGCACCUCGGACGAAGACCCUGCACCACCGAUCAUAUUACCACAACUGGUAUCAAGGAAAGAGUUAUCCGCUAGGCCACUCCCUCGCGGUCUGUCUGGCGAGCCCGAUUUGCCGCCUACGCCUAUCGAACUUGGCUUAAGUCCCGCGCCCGAACGUCCUCGAGGCCUGGCAUCGAGCAGCAGCCCCAGAUCCUCGAACAUGAGCAGGAGCUCUAAAAGACAGAGGACACGGUCGGGUGCGCCCAUCACAAGCAGCCCGCUCAAAACAAAGGCACCCCAAGCGGCCAAAUCCGACAACGAGGAAGCACCGGAUGAAGAGGCUACUGAGGAGGAUGUUCAGGAAGCACCAGAGAGUGAGCCUGUUGUGGCGCACCAAGAGAAUGUGGAAGAUCCUACAGUGUCGGAUGAGCAACAUUCAACACUUCGGUCGCUGCAGGGCCAACUGGAGCAGCUGAGGCAAGAUUGUCAGCACCUUCAGAAGGCUAUUGAUGACGAUAACAAUUUGAGCGAGGAAACCUUAGCUAUCCUCCGACAGUCUCUCCUGCGGAAUGAUACCCUUCGGAUAUCGAAGUCUGGCAAGGAGGGAGACAACUUCUCUACAUACCUGACAUUGUUCGCGCCGGCCAAUUUACAACUUACAAGUCAUACUGAGACGAAACUCAUAAAAGAUCGAACAAAGAUCAUCCAUCGGCUGAAGGUGGAAGCACCGCCUCCGUGGCUCCCGAAUGCUCUCUUCUGCGUGUUUGAAGUCGCCAUUGAUGCCGAGAACGCACAGAUUGAACAUGUGGAACUGAACGAAGUAAUGUUGGCCGUUACUCGCCGCACCAAGUCGAACAAGGCCGAAAUCUACAGAUGGGUCCAUGACCGCUUAGAGCACCCUCUCCAUCGACUUGACGUUAGCGGCCUGGUUUGGGGCAUGGGACGAUGGUUCAAUGCCGCGGUGGAACGGGCCAAAGUCUUCCGAUGGAUUGACUUGAAGUACAAAAGACUCCAAUCCGACGUCACCGGGCAGGUAGACGUAAAAGACGAAGGGUGGAAUCGAGAGACAUGCAUUGAACUGGCACGAUAUCUGGACAGCACUCAAAACUCUGCCAUUGAUGUCGAUGUGAUAGAAACCACUGGCGGCAAGAAGUACCGGAAGAAACUCAUGCUGACUUGGAAAAUCGACUUGGACUGGGCUGGCGGCCUCACCUCGAACAUUCAGAUCUCCGCCAGUGGCAUCCCUCUGAAGGCAGAGCCUGGGUUGAAGACCAUCUUCUGCAGCCUCGUCCCAAGGGUGGGCGUGAAGGGUGCGUUCGAGAACGUCUGGAGCGUGAUUCAUAGUGAGGCGGAGGAGUACAAGUUCGACAGUGCUAAGGGAAAGGGAAAGAAGCGACGGGGAAACGAAUGA